AUGGCCGUCUCCGAUAACUUACCCUACAUUCCCUUUGGGUUCGACGGUCUUAAGAUGAUGAACGAUAGCGAUUGCCAGACGGUGCGCAAUGCUAAGUUGCCCGAAAUGAAGGACAUGGUAUACGAAUGCGACAAGAUAAGCCUGUGUUUAAAGAGUCCGGAGCUCUUCUUGCGACAUGUGCCGGGCAUUAUCGAGAAUUUGGAUGAGAAGGAGCUUAGCACACGGGACAAUCGGAUGCAGACCAGUGGACGUGGCCAGACCAAGAAGAAUGCCAGAAUUGAAUGCCGAUUGAGAUCACACAUCUCAAAACGUAUGAACAGUAGCUCCAAGAUGACCAAGACGGCCAAGAGACGGAUGCAGACAAAGACCAAGAAGGCUUUAUCGUUCUUCAGGAAUCAUCGCCGGUUGCUCCGCAGGCAGGGCAUCGAGGAUCUGCUGCAUCUGGCCGAACGUGGCCUCAUCGAACCGAUCACCGCCGCCAUGGCCGUCUCCGAUAACUUACCCUGCAUUCCCUUUGGGUUCGACGGUCUUAAGAUGAUGAACAAUAGCGAUUGCCAGACGGUGCGCAAUGCCAAGUUGCCCGAAAUGAAGGACAUGGUAUACGAAUGCGACAAGAUAAGCCUGUGCUUAAAGAGUCCGGAGCUCUUCUUGCACCAUGUGCUGGGCAUUAUCAAGAAUUUGGAUGAGAAGGAGCUUAGCACACAGGACAAUCGGAUGCGGGCCAGUGGACGUGGCCAGACCAAGAAGAAUGCCAGAAUUGAAUGCCGAUUGAGAUCGUCAUUGACUCUUCCAUAUACGAUUGGAGUCAUUGUGCCCGCCAAAGAGGGUCAGCCACAGGGCAAGGCCGUAUCAAGUGGCACGCUCCCCACAAUGAACGGGCGUGGCCAUAUCGACGUGGACCCAGGUGCCGGGAUAAUGGAAUCCAAAAUGGGCGGCAAUGAAGAGUCCGGCGCAGGAGGAUUGGGCGUUCUGACGAUCCGCCACCGAACCGUCGACAUCUGGAGCGUGGCCUGUCUGUUGUGGGAGCUGGCCACCAAGACCUAUCUAUUCGAUACCCAGUCGAAACGGGGCAAAGACGGUAAGGAUGAGGCCCAUCUAGCAAAAAUCGUCGAGACCAACGGCGAACUAUCCAACAGAGAAAGCCUGAGGCCCACUAAACUGACCAAUUUGCUAAUCAGAUGCAAAGGAUGGACGACUCGCAAAGCCACGGAAUUCGUGGAUUUCCUAAUGCCCAUGCUGAAUACCGAUCCAUUAAAGCGCACCUCCGCUUGCAAAGCCUUGGGUAGCCCCUAG